CAGUCAACCGUAUCCACACAUACGACUCAGAUCUGGAGCCCCACUCCAAGAUGCAGUGAUCUGUCACGUGAGGAAAUUGAUCGUAUCGUCUGUUCACUACAAAGAGUUCCCGUCGGGGUCGGGAGAGGAAGUAUUGGGCCCCGGAAUGCGGGAGACCAGUGAAAAAAAAUCCAGAAUAUGGCUUUACACAAGACAAAAUCGGAAGAUGAAAUCGAGAUGAUAGAAAUACAGACUAAAGAUACAGAUGAAGGAUUUGAGAUCAUUGAAAUCCACAAGCCAAAGUCUCCGAAGAUACAUGUCACAAGAACCAAAAACAACAACGAAUCCAGCCAUAAUGAUAAUAUCGAACUCUUGCAUGAAAGAAAAGACAAGUUAUCGAAUUUGGCAGCUUCCACUGAAAAUCUGGCAAAUCAGACGCAGCAAUACCGAGAUAAUAUGAAGGCAGUUAAUAAGGCUCUGGCUGGACGCUAUAGACUCUCUAACCGUCGUCUGACCAUUGCUAUAAUAGUUAUUACCGUGCUGGUAGUGAUUGCAGUAGUGAUAGCUAUAAUUGUACUCACCAAAAGAUCCUAGCAUAAAGACCAUCUUGUCACCUUGGCCUGUCCUUGCCUUCUUAUGUGAACAUGAGAAGUAUGAAUAUGGUCAUAAUACAUUUUUCUCAAAUUUUAUCUGUUUUCAAUACAUUCCGAAAAGAAAUGUCCAAUUAAUUCUACAUAGGUUUCUUUUUUGUCGAUAUUUCUUAAUUACAUCUGUAGGUUGAAUGUUUGAGGCAAAGAUAGAGAGAACAUAUGUCUGUUAGUCACCCGUCUACACAGUUGAGACGAUUUUUUUGUUAAUCUGAUUGUCCGUCUGUAUAUCAUAAAGUGGGUUUGUCUAACGGUUUCGUAAUGUUAUCAAAAAAAUUUAAGAUGGUUUCGAUCAAAAUUGGUACAAAGAUGCACAUCCUCCUCAUAUGUAAAUUAUAGAGAUAGUAAUAAAUUAUAGAGAGAGUGAAUUGUCCUUUCAUGAACAUUAUCCUUGCCAUUUUUAAAGCGUAUUUAUCACCCUUUCUGCAUUUCUUAUUAUACACAAUGGCAGUUAGUAGAUUAUAAAGAUUAUAAAGAUACCAGUUGUACAUCAUUUGCAAGGAUAGACAUGUGGAAAAAUAAUUCUUCGUCUAUAUGUCUCUCUGCAUGUAUACAUUUUUGAAAUGAUGUCAGAUAUUUUUAUUACAUUUAUACCUUUGUAAGAAUAAAUAUUUUAGUCCCUCUGACAGCAUUUUGGAAGAUAUACACAUUGGUCUUGAAACAACUUUUGUCUCAUAUGUUUAAUAUUUCCCUUUGAGUUAUUAAUUAUUAAGGUUAUUACUGACUAACUCGGUAAAUGUGUACCUUUCUAGUUAUAUAAAAAUUAUGACAACAUUUUUGAAAAUGCCAUCUCUUAAAAAUGCAAACUAUUUUCCACGCUUCACUUUUUUUAAAAGUAUUUAUCUUUAUUGAAACUGGUUUGGGGUCAACUGGGGAUUAUAGCUCUUGCCCUCUUUUCCUCCUCUUAGAUGAAAAUACUUAACGUAGAUUAUUAUGCUUCUUUUCAUUCUAGAUUUAAAUGUUUAAAAUUGUUCUUCCGAAAAUGUAUAAAUGUUUGAAUCAUUUGUUUUACCAUGUUUAGUUCGUUUUCGAAUAUUAUUAAAUACUUGUCUAACAAGGUAUGUAUACAUGUGUCAAUGAAACUAUUCAACACAAUUAUUGUACAAUUAAGCAAGUUAUAUGUUGGGUUGCUUUUAAUACCCUCUUGAUUUUAAAAUGCUUUUGUAAUAUUUUAGCUUUAUAAAAAUGACCUCAUUUUGAGUUAGUGCAAUAUGAACCAUUUUUGCAUAUUUAUAUUAAAU